AUGGAGGUGCUCCCCUGCUCCCGCGUGGCCCACAUCGAGCGCAGCAAGAAGCCCUACAACAACGACAUCGACUACUACGCCAAGCGCAACGCCCUGCGGGCAGCGGAGGUGUGGAUGGACAGCUUCAAGUCCCACGUGUACAUGGCCUGGAACAUCCCCAUGACCAACCCAGGGGUGGACUUCGGGGACGUGUCUGAGCGGCUGGCGCUUCGCCAGAGGCUGAAAUGCCGCAGCUUCAAGUGGUACCUAGAGAACGUGUACCCGGAGAUGCGGACCUACAACGACACCCUCACGUACGGAGAGGUGAGAAACAGCAAAGCCAGUGGCUACUGCCUGGACCAGGGAGCGGAAGACGACGACCACGCGAUCCUCUACCCCUGCCACGGGAUGUCCUCUCAGCUGGUGCGCUACAGCGCUGAGGGGUUGCUGCAGCUGGGCCCCCUGGGCUCCACCGCCUUCCUGCCCGACUCCAAGUGCCUGGUGGACGACGGCAGGAGCCGCGUGCCCGCCCUGAAAACGUGUGAGGACGUGGCCCGGCCAGCGCAGCGGCUGUGGGACUUCACCCAGAGGGUACGGGGUGUGACCGCCACCGGGAAGCCCUCAGGGCAGCUCCUGGCCAAGCGGGGGCCAGGCUGGACUCCCUGCCGAAAUCAGCCCCUGCUGGGCCCCGGCUUAGAAUUUCCAGCCCCGAGAACAUCUGGGGCGGACGAGUCAGUGGCGGCCUCCCUGCCUGGCGCCGGGAGACCGCAGUGCGAGGGCUGUGCGGGCGGCGGUCUGGUAGCUGUCCCCACCGCUGGACGACUGAGGCCUUCCGCCCAGAACGAGGGCGCUAGUGUGGGGUACUGGCAGUACUGGGGAGCAGCUAGUGUUGGGCGCACCUGCUGCUGGGCGUAG